CUGCUGCUGGGGGCCGGGGCUGCGGCCGCAGUGCUGCUGCUCUGCGGGCUUCUGCUGCUGCUGCUGCGGGACCAGCCCCGCCACGGGACAGAGCGCAGAUUCCUGGCCAGGGUGACAGAUACGGAAGCCACGGACACUAGGAAUCCCAACCUGAACUACGGGAUCGUGGUGGAUUGCGGCAGUAGCGGCUCCCGUGUGUUUGUGUACUGCUGGCCCCGGCAUAACGGCAACCCCAAGGACCUGCUGGACAUCCAGCAGAUGAGGGACAGCUCCAGGAAACCCGUGGUGAUGAAAAUCAAACCAGGAAUUUCGGAGUUUGCCAGCUCUCCUGCUGAGGUCAGUGAUUACAUCUCGCCCCUGCUGAGCUUCGCUGCCGCGCAUGUCCCACGCUCCAAGCACAAGGAGACUCCUCUCUACAUCCUGUGCACGGCAGGAAUGCGCAUCCUGCCUGAAAGCCAGCAGAAAGCCAUCCUGGAGGAUCUGCUCACGGACAUCCCCACACGCUUUGAUUUCCUCUUCUCCGACUCCCAUGCUGAGGUGAUAUCUGGGAAGCAGGAAGGAGUCUAUGCAUGGAUUGGGAUCAACUUUGUCCUUGGAAGAUUCGAGCACACGGAUGAUGAGGCCGAGGCGGUGGUGGAGGUGCAGAUCCCGGGAAGCGAGCACCGCGAUCCCAUUUUCCGGAAGAGAACCGUGGGAAUCCUGGACAUGGGCGGGGUCUCCACGCAGAUCGCCUACGAGGUGCCCCCGAGUGAGGAGGUGGCCAAGGGUUUGCUGGCGGAAUUUAAUUUGGGAUGCGACGCCCACCAGACGGAGCACGUGUACCGCGUCUACGUGGCCACAUUCCUGGGAUUUGGGGGGAAUGCGGCCCGCAGGAGAUACGAGGAGAGCCUCUUCUCCAGCAGCCUCUUGGGGAACAGCCCGCAGUUCCCGCUGCCGGAUCCGUGCCUGCCGCGGGAUGCACUGGAUGAGCUGCGGCUGCACGGGCGGACGCUGCACCUGCGCGGCUCCGGGGACUUUGGGCGCUGCCGGGAGCUGCUGCAGCCACUGCUGAACCGCAGCCGGGACAGCCGGGGCUCCCUGAACGGCGUCUUCCAGCCUCCUGUGCACUUCCAGAGCAGCGAGUUCUACGGAUUCUCCGAGUUCUACUACUGCACCGAGGACGUGCUGAGGAUGGGCGGUGACUACAGCGCCGCCAAGUUCGCCAGGGCUGCCCAGGAUUACUGUGCCACCAGCUGGUCGGUGCUGCGGGAGCGCUUCCAGCGUGGGCUCUACGCGCCACACGCAGAUCUGCACCGCCUGAAGUUCCAGUGCUUUAAGUCCGCCUGGAUGUUUGAGGUUUUCCACCGGGGCUUUUCCUUCCCGGAGAGCUACGGGCGGCUGCGCACGGCGCUGCAGGUCUACGACAAGGAGGUGCAGUGGACGCUGGGGGCCAUCCUGUACCGCACCCGCUUCCUGCCCCUCAGGGACAUUCAGCAGGAAAAUUUCCGUGGGAUUCACUCACGCUGGAGGAGCUUUUCCUUCGUGUACAACCACUACUUAUUCCUGGCCUGCUUCCUGGUGGUGCUGCUCUCCAUCCUGCUCUACCUGCUCCGGCUGCGCCGCAUCCAUCGCCGCCGGCUCCACAGCGGCGCCUCCCCAACCCUCUGGAUCCAGGAGGGGCUCCCCACCCCAAAAAUCCCGGGAUAACAUUCCGGGAUGGACGAUUCAUCCACACACACACGCAAAAAAAAGCCAUUUUUGCCUCAGGGUUCCUCCUUUUUUUGCCCCUUGGAGAAGUGGAGCUGGGAAUUCCAGGCAGGCUUGGGAAUUCCAGGGAAAUGGGGUGGUGAGGGAAAAAUGCCAAAAAUGACUUUGUUGGGAAUGUUGCACUUUGGGGCGUGCAGGAGAGUUCCCACCUUCGGGAGAGGCUGAAAUCCUGGGAUGAAUUUGGAUUUCCUGCCGGAUUCCAGCGUUGCCAUCCCUGCUCUCACUUUGGAGUCUCAAGGAACGGGAAGUUCCAAAAACAAGGAAAAAAAAAACCCUUUUAGGACAUUUUCUGUGAUUUUUCCCUUCUGGAAUCACUCUUGGGAUGGAGAAGGAAAAUCCCUCGCAUCCAAUGCUGUGCUUCCAUAAAAAAACUUCAUCCCUUCCGCGCCCUCCUUUUUCCUUGGAAGCUUCACCCUCCCAGUGGCACCGGUCGCUGCUUUCAAUCCCUAAUUUCUGUUCCAUAAUCAUGAAGAGACCUCCCAGAAACUCUGGGAAUGUGAAGAGAUCUGGAAAAGUGGAGCAGAAUGUGCACAGGGUCUUGCCGAGUCCUCUGGUAAUUUAUAUUUUAUUUAAAACCUUUGAUUUUACUUGAAAGUCAAUUUGUCCAUGAUUAAAAGUGGGAUUUCUAUGAA